UGGGCUAGGUAUCGGAAGUAUAUCAACAAUAUAUUGUCUGAGCCUCAAUUAAAACGAGAAAAUCUUGUUGAUCUUGGAUUUUAUACUGAAGAGAAUUUAAUUGAAUAAUAAAUAUAUGUCAUUUGGUGCAACCCAGAGCGGCGGUCGUCGGAGUAAAUGGGACCAGGCAGGCCCAGGGUCUGUGGGCGAGGGGGGCGCUGCCCCCACAGGUGCCCUAGAUGCUGCCGCUGCUGUAGCUGCCAAGAUCAACGCCAUGUUGGUGGCCAAGGGCAAGCUAAAGCCCUCCCAGAUUGCUGCACCUGGACCUGUGGAGAAGGGUGUAGGGGCUGGUGGGAAACCCAUGCCAGUAGCAAAAGCUAAGGAUGAUCUAGUGGUGGCAGAGGUGGAGAUAAAUGAUGUUCCACUCACCUGUCGGAACCUCUUGACACGUGGACAAACUCAGGAUGAGAUCAGCAGGGUGAGUGGUGCAGCUGUGUCCACUAGAGGGCGAUACAUGACAUCAGAGGAGAAAGCCAAAGCAUUGCCUAGUGAUCGGCCUCUCUAUCUCCAUGUUCAAGGGCAAACUAGGGAACUCGUUGACAAAGCAGUGAACAGGAUAAAGGAACUCAUCACUAAUGGGGUAGUAAAGGCUGCCACAAGCUCCAGCACAUCCUACAGUGGUGCCACAGUCACUGUAUACCACCACCCUGGCCCUCCUCCCCCAACACUGCCCCCUGCAGGACACAAACCACACUUCACUGGUGGGAUGCACUAUGUGCAGGAUAAGCUCUUUGUAGGGUUAGAGCAUGCUCUCCAGGGUUUCUCAGUGAAGGAGCGUGUGGAGGGUCCAGGUUGCACCUACCUGCAGCACAUCCAGGCUGAGACAGGAGCCAAGGUCUUCCUCCGGGGCCGAGGCUCUGGGUGUCUGGAGCCUGCCUCUGGGAGAGAAGCUUAUGAGCCCAUGUACAUCUACGUCAGUCACCCCAAACCAGAGGGACUUGCUGCAGCCAAAACACUGUGUGAAAACCUCCUGCAGACAGUGCAUGCAGAGUACUCUCGCUACCUGAGCCAGAUGAGUACAGUGAUGCCCACACAAGGUUUCGUUCCACCUGCUGUGAAUGGGAUGCCUCCCCAGACAACGUACUGCCCAUCCACAGGUUUUCAGGCCUCCUACCCUCCCCCUGUGCCCCCUCCCUACUCACUGCCCCCCCCAACUGUGCCACCAGGCACUCCAACAUCAAUUCUGCCCCCUAGUGCCCAAUACCCCAUUGCACCUGCACCAGCUAACUUACCACAGACACUCCCUCCUGCAGGAUUCCCAUCUGUUGCCCCGCCCCUCAAACCUGCAGCCCCGCUCCCUGCCCCUCAGAAACGGCGGUUCACUGAAGAGACGCCUGACGAGACAGACAGCGGCCUGCUUGGAUACCAGCAUGGACCCAUUCAUAUGACUAAUUUAGGUGCAGGCUUUGCCCUGGGCAGCCCAGAAUCUUCAGGACCUUCACCUGCUGUUCCCUGUGUGACUUCCCAGGAUAGGGACAGUAGGCAGCUGAUGCCGCCCCCUGCCCUGCCGGUAAACGGAGUGAGAGUGCUGAGGAGUGAGGAGAGGAAGGGUGUGGCACCCUCUCUGGAGCUGCCAGUGAAGCGCUUGAAGACGGGGCUGGUAUCAUAUGCUGGAGAUUCCUCUGAUGAAGAGGAAGAUCAAAAUUCCCAGAAAGUUUGUGGGUCAGGUAAUAUGGACCCUGGCUCUCCCCCUUCAGGGUGGCCUUCUGGAGCACAUCGAGGCCCGACAGCUACUACCACACGCCCCAAAACACAACCACAACAGCCUAUGCCUUUUUGGAUGGCACCAUAAGACGAGGACCGCACACACACACACCAACUCCCAAUUUGUUUGAAGCUUGUGUUUAGAGUGCCUGUUCUGUAGUACACAGUCCAUUGUGAGGCUGUGUCUGAACCCCAGCAAACCUACUCUUUUGUUCAGCCUGUUCAAAUCUGACUAGCUGAAUGAGAUUAAGACAGAGAUGCUCAGUGAAGAGGAGGAACUGAUAUAACAGGGUCGGAGGUUGUGCUUCCUGUCAUCGUGUAAUCUGUCCCUGUCUAUGCUGAUCAGUCAUGGACUUGUAUAGUUCUCCACUAACUCCCUGUGUAUGUACUUGCAAAAUUACAAAUAGUAGUUUUGCUCAAGGGACUUGGAACUGUACUGCUGUCAUGUAAACUUUUCAGUCCUCCUUCCUGUUCUCUUCUAAUAAAAUGCAUUUUUACCUGA